AUGCGAUUCCCCUCAUCUAUUUCAAAAAGUUGUACCUACUUUGCGACCACGAGCAAAUCCCGGAUUCCGAGGUCAGAACCCGACAAGGUCAUUACUAAACGUCUAAGUCUAGAUUAUUAGGACAGUGAAAUGGAAAUAGCACCAUACGAGAAUUUCAUAGGAGUAAAAUACCCGAGAUCAUUGAUAACCCUCGAUAAUAAUGAGCACUUCAACGCGAAUAGCCGCCUGUCACGCCUCUCCCGUCUUCCUAUCGGCGAAGGAGACGACGGCGAAAGCCAUAUCGCUAAUCCAAGGAGCGGCGAUUAACAAGGCCAACCUCGUAGUCUUCCCCGAGUCCUACAUCCCAGCAUUUCCCAUAUGGAGCGCUCUACGAGCCCCGUCUGAGAACCACGAUCUGUUCAAAAAGAUGGCGACAGAGUCUAUCUACGUCGACGGCGACGAAGUCAACUCGAUCCGCGCGGCGGCUAAGCAAUUUGGUGUACUCGUCAGCCUCGGCUUCUCAGAAAAAGCGCGCUACAGCAGCGCGACAUUAUGGAACUCGAACGUCAUCAUAGGGACGGACGGCGAAAUCCUCGUUCACCAUCGGAAACUCAUGCCUACGUUCUACGAGAAAUUGACCUGGGCUCCCGGCGACGGACAUGGUCUAAGAGUGGCCGAGACCCAGUUUGGAAAGAUUGGAACGCUCAUCUGCGGGGAGAACACCAAUCCCCUCGCGCUGUACACUAUGACGGCACAGGGCGAACAGAUCCAUAUCAGUUCUUGGCCGGCUAUAUGGCCUACUCGACUACCUAAGGGUAUAUUGCCUACACCGAGCAACGAAGUUGCCAACGGUACUGGAUCCGAUGGUAAGACAUUCGUUUCGAGCGUUGCCCGUGGAGCGAACUACGACAAUGUGGCUGCGAAUAGGACGCGAGCGGCUGCCCACUGCUUCGAGGCCAAGUGCUUUGGAGUUCUUUGCGCCGGCUACCUCGGAGCCGACGCUAUCGAGACAGCUACGUCUGGCUCUAGUACGCCGGAUAUUAUCUCGCAAGGGCUACAGUGCUCCUCGAGGGGCGCUACCAUGUUCCUAGAUACGACGGGGACAUUGCUACCGGGGUUCACUAUCGACCCCGAAACAGGUGUUCGAGAACAGAAGGACCUUCUUCAAAAUGAAGAGGGAAUCUUGUAUGUCGACGUCAACUUAGACGAUUGCAUAGAGGGGAAGCAAUAUCAUGACAUCGCUGGAGGUUAUCAGAGGUUGGAUGUAUUCGAAUUAAAAGUUGAUCGGAGGCGAAGGCAGCCAGCUUUAUUCGAAUGAAUGGACGAAGUUACGAGACUGAAUAUGAUUUACUAUUGGUCACAUUAACUUAGCUUCACUUCAACUAUCACCAGUCAUUAUUUUAAGAUCUUAAAGUCUUUCGGGUCCUAAGUUUUCAAUUCUUAUGUACUUAGACCAUCAUGCCCAUAUACGUAAGGCACUCGCGUUGAUAUUCGCAGGACAUCAUCCUGCUAGCGUUCCG